AUGGAUAAACUUUCACUGAUUCUUGGUAUUUUAUUUCUACAAAUCCUUCUUAGUUUGAAUUGUUUAAGUACAACAAAAUUUCCAACCACUGUUAACCAAGAGCCACCAUUACCACAGACGCCAUCUUGGAUUAAAUGUCUCCGUGUUGACGAAAGCAAAGCAGCGCUAGAUAGCCUGCGUAAUUUGAUUUUGAUAUCUGAACACUGGUGUAGCAAUGCCGAGUUCAUUUUGAAUUGUUUAGAGAAAGAAUUGCCUCAAACUGAAACGCAAAAUCCACUAGAUUUCUUUGUAAGUCUGAAUUAUAAUACACAGAAGAUGAGAGAAAAUAGUGAACAGUUAUGUGCUUCAAAACCAGAUAAUAGAAAGAAGCUGGAAUGUACUGAUAAUGUGUCUAACGAUGAUAUCAUGGAAUGUUCUAUGAGGUUUAAGCAGUCAGUAGAUUAUUUAUCCUUUGUAAGAAAUAUGACUGAUAUUACUGAAGAGAUUUUGAAGGACAUGACCUGUGAUAUCACUAGAGAAACAAGUAGAUGUAUAGCAGCACGGUUGCAGUCCUGUGACGCAGAUGUCAGUAUGUUUUUAAAUGGUUAUUAUGGACUAUUUACUAAUACUGAUUGUCUGUAUAAUACUAGCAUUCCAGUAGAACCAAUGAGACCACUUCCAUCACAGCCCGAACCCACGGUUGUAAUAAAAUGCGGUAUUGAAGCUAUGUCUUUUAUGGAAGGUGAUGCUGACAGACCAAUCGUACCUACUGGUAAUAUUUCACAAGCUAUCAUUGUUUCUGUACUUCAGCAAGACUGCAAAAUGUAUCGACAACGCUUUCUUUGUUAUGAAAGGGAAUUUCCUUCUGCAACAGCUUUUCUGGAUAUUUGGCAGAAAUCUGUUUUUAGUUUAAGAAAUUCUAUCAUUUCCAACCAACAAUUCUGUAAAACAAUAAGUGAAUUUACAUCAAGCCUGGAUACCAAGUGUUACAAUAGCGUAGAUAGACAGUUACAAAAUUGUGAGAGUUUCUAUGGGCGAAAGAUCAUCAACUCUAGAGUGGAAUGGGACAAUGAUAAAAGUAAUGUGAAUAUACAAAAACUAGCGUGCAAUGCCUCCAUCGAAAGAGCUACAUGUUUGAAAGAAGCAUUUUCUAUCUGUGGAGAAUAUGUUUCCAAGGCGUAUUCCCACCUGCAAUAUCGGAUGUUACCAGAUGAGUGUUUUCCAAAUGGGUUACCUCCAGGAGUUCCUCCACUUCCAGCAGAAGAAGUUGCCAAUUCAAGACUGAUCAGGCAACAAACAACUAGUCAACCACAAUCUGAACCUAAAGAAGUAAUAGAGGGAACAGAAACUUCGCAGGCAGCAGUAGAUUCUGCGAAUAAACCAAAGGGCGGUAAUUCAGGUGUAACAUUGUCCAGAUCGGUGAUUGUACUACUCUGUUCUGCUAUACUUGUACAUCAAUUGGCAUAAGUAUGUUAUAGAAACCUCUUGUCUUAAAAAGAAUAAAUAAGUUGAGUUAUCC